AUGCUGCAGCUCUCAUGUUCUCCAAAUAAACACAACAAUUCAACAUCUGCCCAAUGUGAGCAGAGCGAGGGGCCAGAGCCAGGAGGGGAUUCUCUGUGGAGAGCCUCCGCCUUCACCUCUUCACUCAGCUGGGACUCCGACUCCGAGAAGGAGACUCUGGAGGAGAUCACAGAGCUGUCAAAUUCUCACGGUCUGGCCGCGCACAGCCCUGCAUCUCCCUCCACAGGACUCAGACUUGAAUGUGAAGACAGCCAAGAAACCGAACACGUGCGACCUGCGUCCAGCCACGAGGAGGGGCCAGACGAGAGCUCACCAAACACAGACCCCCAAGAGUCCAGGACGUCUCAGCUCUGUGCAAACCAAGCAACUGACAGCACUCUGUGGAAUGUAAGCGAGCCAUUUGAGCCGCUCGUCUCCAAAUCCCCACCAAAGGAAGCCUGCCAACCGGCGCAGGAGGAUAACAACACAGAGGGCUCCCGAACGCACAUGGGAAAAGAAUGCAGCGAACGGGAGAGAGACGUGUACAGCUUCCCCGGAGACUCGGACCCUGAGAGUCCUCCACCCGCUCCCUGGGCCCACUGCACCUUUGUUCAACGCUGCGGGAGGAAGAGAGUGCUGCUCAGACCGUUCUCUGGCACCAGCCCCGGUUUGGAAAGAGGCUCCAAGGACAACGAGAGGAUGCAGGACUUUGACAAAGACGUAUCGUUGGAAGAAGCAAAGGAACAAGUGGAGGAAAGCGUGGAGGAGGUGGAUAACCAAAUCUUUACUUGUGUAGAAUGUAGCAUUUACUUUAAUAAACAGAUCCACCUCCAAGAGCACAUGGCAGAGCACUCGCAAAGCUCGUCAGGAGGCAAGGAACAAGACCAGGCUGCGGAAAGUGGCCAGUUUAAGUGCACCGAAUGCGGUUGGAACUUGCCGAGUAUCACCGAAUUGCAAGGGCAUCAAAAACAGCACCUGGAAUCACGCGAAACGAUCUUGAAGGAGAUUGAGAAGUUGAAAGUAGAUGAUUUUAAGAAGCACGACAACGAGGAGGCCUUGACCGUCCGUUCGCCAGUGAGAAGCCAGAAUGCAGACUUUGCCAUUGUCGAUUUAGACGCUCCAAUGGUCGCGAGCCCGGUUCAAGGGAGAGGGCAGACAGGGUAUCGGCGGCGUUUCAUAUGCCCUGUGUGUAAUUUCAGCACAAGAACGCCACAAGCACUGGCAAAUCACAAAAAGACCCACAACCGCAAGCCCACGUCCACUCAACUCGCCUGUUUGUACUGUGCCUUCCGAACGACAAGUAAAAAAGGUCUGAGGGAUCACCUGAAACACCACGCACACCACGGAGAGAACGGACAGAAUUCAAAAUAUGUCUUAAACUCGGAGAUCUCCAUGACUGGGAAAUUCCACAGAGGAGUCGGUGCCUUGGAGGACUGCACAAUGCCAGACGGAAUAGCUUCAGAUAUGGGACUGAACAAGAGAGGAGAUACUUGGGUUAAAAGGGCCAGAGUUAAUUCCAGAUCGGAGUAUGAUAAGCUGUCAGAUAAUGAGGACGAGGGGCAAGUGCAGACAACAGAAAGUAUUUGUCAACAAGAGGGUGAAUCCGCUCAGCACACGAAUUCUCCGUCCGACAUUGCACAGUGCAGCAGCGCGAGGACGCUUCCUCUCAGAAGGAGCCUGAGGAAUGACGAGAAGCUGGACGAGGAGAAGGCGUCGCAGCUGAGACGGAGCAGUCGGGUCAGUGCUGGUCCUGUAUUGGUGCUGAGUGAUGAUGAGGAGGAUGCACAGCGCUCUCUGUCUGAGCUCUUCAUAGAUGAAGAAGAGAUGUAUGAAGACACAGAGGAUCUAAAGAGUGUGGAGAGGAAGUGCCCUUACUGCCCUGAUCGCUUCCAUAACGGCAUCGGGCUGGCCAAUCACGUGAGGGGACACCUGAACAGAGUGGGCGUGAGCUACAACGUGCGUCACUUCAUCUCCCCAGAGGAGGUCAACGCCAUCGAGAGGAGGUUCUCCUAUCAGAAGAAGAAGAAGAAAGUCGCCAACUUUGACCCGGGAACCUUCAGCGUGAUGCACUGCGAGUUCUGUAAUGCUGGCUUCGACACGCGGGCCGGUUUGUCCAGUCACGCCCGAGCCCACCUCCGAGACCUGGGCAUCACCAACUGGGACAUCACCAUCUCCCCCAUCCACGUGCUCAGAGAGGUGUUCUCCAGCCGGCCGGACCUGGUCAUCCCCACGGCCCCCCCGCGCAGCCUGUGUGACGAAGAGGACGAGGUGGACAGUGAGGAAGAUCAUGACAUCAUUGAGGUGAAGCUGGAGGAGGAGUCAAGGCUGGAGAUUUCAGAAUCCUCCGUACCCUGGAAAUAUGAAGACCAGAUAAAGGAAUGUAAAGAUGAAGAGGAUGAAGUGUCUGUUGAAGAAAGCGACGCGCUGCAGCUGGCCGCUCUGAGCCUGGUCCGGGAGGCAGACAGGUCGCCCCAGGAGGACGCCCGUACCAAGGACGAUUAUUUGAAGUGUGAAGUAUGCGGAGCCCAGUUUGAGACCAGACGAGGCCUCUCCAGCCACGCCCGCUCCCAUUUACGCCAACUGGGCAUCCGCGGCUCCGAGAGCAGCGGGGCGCCCAUCCACUUCCUGUACCAAAUCGCAAAGGAGCGCAAUCUCGACAGCCAAAUACGGCGUCUUCAAAAACACACUCCAGCCAAGGACCGCUCUCCCUCUGCUCCCCGUGCUGCGAGUGAUGAAGUGAUAGAAGUCAUGGAUGUGGAGAAGACGCCCGCCUCUCCCUCGCUCCUCGCCAAAGCAGCCAAAGCCGUGCCCCCCGCCACCUCCCACUCCACCCCCUCCCCCGGGGCUUCUCCUCUCCUGGCCCCCUCUCCGUCUUCAGUAGUGAGGAAAGCCCCCAUCUCCUCGCUGCUGCCCGUGUCUUCCCCGCUGCGCUCCCUGGAGUAUAAAGUCGGGGGGAUGCGGAGCCUGACCUCCAGUUUGUCCACGCCUCCUGUCAGCAAACCCGUGUGGGCGCCGCUGGACCACGAUGCCCCGCUCAACCUCACUCUGGAGGCCGACCGCCACAAAGACAUCGUGUGCCAGCUGUGUGGAGCUUGGUUCGAGACAAGAAAAGGCUUGUCCAGCCACGCCCGGGCCCACCUGCGCCAUUUUGGAGUGGAGUACUCGGAAUCCAAGGGCUCACCCAUAGACCUCCUCACGCAGCUCAUAGAGAGCGACGAGUUCAAGCACAAGGCCAGAGAACUUCAGCUGGAGGCUCCUGUGGACAGACAGGGUCUCAGCCGCACACUCUCCUCCCCAAAGCCUCCUCUCCUCUCGCUCCCCACCUCCUCCUCUCCUCUGCUGUAUAAGGUGACCACCUCCAAGACUACCUCCGCCUCUCCACUCCUCGGACCACCCGCUAAGCGCCUCAAGCCCGCCUCCAUGCAGAUCUUCCGCCUGAGCAGUGGGGAGUUCAUGUCACUUCCUCUCCGUGAACCUCUGAAGGAGAUCGGCUGUGAGUUCUGCGGAGAGUACUUUGAGAACCGUAAAGGCCUGUCCAGUCACGCCCGCUCCCACCUCAGACAGAUGGGCAUCACGCAGUGGACUGUCAACGGCUCUCCCAUCGACACUCUGCGGGAUCUGAUCGCCAGGCGCGGUCUCCCCUCCGCUCUGCCUCUGAAACCUGCCAGGAACCCUUCCUCUCCGGCUCUUCCUCCUCGCUCCCCCGUGUCCAGCGCCUCCUCACCCCCCAGCGCUCUGCUCGGACGCCUGCCCUUUGCGUUUGCGCAGCGCCACAGUCCUCCUCGGAUGGUGUCCAGGUUGAACUCGGCCCCUCCGGCGGCCCCUGUGAGCGGACUCCUGAAGCCCAAAGCCGAGCCUGUGCAGGUGGAUGUGAGCGGUCCCAGGACAGUGGCUCCGUCCGUGGGCACCUCUUCUGGAAGCCCCGUUCUGGUCGGCUCCAACAGCACGCAUGCACUCAACCUGGCAAUGUCUCAUGAAGUGGAGCCAACUCGGGACAUCCGCUGUGAGUUCUGUGGAGAGUACUUUGAGAACCGUAAAGGCCUGUCGAGUCACGCCCGCUCCCACCUCAGACAGAUGGGCAUCACACAGUGGUCCGUCAACGGCUCACCCAUCGACACUCUGAGAGAAGUGAUGCGCAAAAGAGGCCUUACGUCUGCAUCGUCUUUAGAGCUGGAGAUUAAGGAAGAGUCUGGGGAAACCAGCAGUCCUGACGCUGCGUCCAGCUACCAGUUGUCCUGUCUGCACAAGUCUCCUCACACGCUUUUCCAGUCAGGACUCAGAGUGCACAAAGCAGGGCUCAGCUCUGUGGGAACAUCUGCGGUACUAUCUGAAGGGCGACUUUUUGGAAUGUCCACUCUGGGAAAGCGUCCACUGUCAGAGGACAGUCUGUCAGCGGACCUCGGCCUCUCAGCCCUGGGUCACCUCAAGAACUACCCCCCUCUGCCACACGACUUAUCCUUCAAGAGCAUGUCCCCUUCAGUCAAGCACAGACCUGAUCCCAGCUGCGAGCUUUGUGGUUUUUACUUUGAGAACCGCAAGGCGUUGGCGAGUCACGCCCGAGCUCACCUCAGGCAGUUUGGGGUGACCGAGUGGUCUGUGAACGGUUCUCCCAUUGAGACGCUCAGCGCUUGGAUACGCAGCAGGCCUCAGAAAGUGCUGGACAUGCACCGCAGCUACAUGCAGGGAAACUGCUCCGCCCUCAAGAAGCAGAAGUGCAGGUCGCCUGUGUCAGUGUCUCCGGAUUCCCCUCAUGUCCUCCCUGCUUCGUCCCCAAGAGCAUCGGCCUCCUCCUCCUCUUCCUCCUCUGCCUCUCAGUGGUCUUCAUCUUUGGCAGUCAGCCUGGUCCCUCCUGUAAACCGUGAGGUCGCCCACUGCCCUUCAAAGACCUCCGGGGAUGAAUCCAGCACCAACCGGGACGUCACGCCCCCCAAACCUGCGGACAGUAGCCCCGUCCUGUCGCGGCUCCCUGGCAGCCUUCCUCUCCUAGCACAGGUGGCCCGCAGCGAGUUCAACGUCCGCAUGCUCAGAGGGUUCGAGCGUCGGCCCCUGAAGCACCCGUCCGGUCCUGAAGCAGCAGAGCGGGACAGCCACCGGCGCACGAGCACCGGCACUGUCCCCGUCCUGCUGCCCAAACCCCCGUCCUACCCACUCGUCAAACUGGAGGGGAACUUCUACACCCUCAAGUGCCGGUUCUGUGAGGUGGAGUUCCAUGGGCCUCUGUCAGUGCAGGAGGACUGGAUCCGUCACAUACAACAGCACAUUUUCAAGAUGAAUUACAAGACCCCGCCACCCCCCAGGGCCCCUGCAAGCAGCCACACAGCCCCCCCCCCUGUCGCCGCCUCUGUCCGCACCUCCGCCUCUACCUCUUCCUCCAGCCACGGCCCGCCCCUCCCCGCCAAGUGCACUCCGAACACUGCCUCCGAGCUGGGCCACCUCUCAGCCGAGCAGCUCGAGCCCACUCCAGUGUAA